CCGGCGUUUGUCGUCAGAGCGCGAUGGCGGCGCCGGGGGUGUCCAAGGCCGAGUACCUGCGGCGGUACCUGAGCGGCCCCGCCGAGCCCGCCCAGCCCCGCCGCCGCCGCAAGAAGAAGCCGCCGGGCGGCACCGGCAGAGCCGGGAUGCGGAUCGUGGAUGACGAUGUGAGCUGGAACAGCAUCGCCGCCGCCCCGGAGAAGGAGGAGGAGGAGGACGAGGGGGACAUGCCUGUGGUGGCAGAGUUCAUUGAUGAACGCCCCGAGGAGGUGAAACUCAUGGAGGAAUUCCGAACAAACGCCAAGUGGAAGCUUCUAGGAGACGAGGACUCGCAGAGUUCGGAUAUUUCAGGACCUGCCAAGUCUUCCUCAAGGCGACGCCACGACUCCCCAGAGCCAGCAGGGAAACACAACGGCUCCUCAGAGCUCUCUCCUCCGAGACGGCAGCGCCAUGACAUGCCCGACCCGUCCCCUCCCAGGAGACAGCGACAUGACACCCCUGACCCGUCCCCUCCUAGGAGACAGCGACAUGACACCCCUGACCCAUCUCCUCCCAGGAGACAGCGACACGACACACCAGAUCCAUCCCCUCCCAGGAGACAGCGACACGACACACCAGAUCCAUCCCCUCCCAGGAGACAGCGACAUGACACCCCUGACCCAUCCCCUCCCAGGAGACAGCGACACGACACCCCUGACCCAUCUCCUCCCAGGAGACAGCGACAUGAUACCCCUGACCCCUCACCUCCUAGGAGACAGCGACAUGACACCCCUGAUCCAUCCCCUCCUAGGAGACAACGUCAUGACACACCGGACUUGUCACCUCCCAAAAAGCAACGUCGUGACGCCCCAGAUCUGUCACCUCCCCGGAGGCGGCAGCGCCGCGACACCCCUGACCCAUCUCCUCCCAGGAGACGACGUCAUGACACCCCAGACUUGUCACCUCCCAGGAGACACCGUCAUGACACCCCUGACCCCUCACCUCCCAAAAGGCAGCGUCAUGACACACCAGACUUGUCACCUCCCCGGAGGCGGCAGCGUCAUGACACCCCUGAUCCAUCCCCUCCCAGGAGACAGCGACACGACACCCCAGAUUUGUCCCCUCCCAGGAGACAGCGCCAUGACACCCCUGAUCCAUCCCCUCCCAGGAGACAGCGACACGACACCCCAGAUCUGUCACCUCCCAGGAGACAGCGUCAUGACACCCCAGAUCUGUCCCCUCCCCGGCGGCAGUGUCAGGAUUUGUCACCUCGGAGAGAGAGGCCGGGGUCCCCCAGUGGGAAAAAGAGCCAAAGGAAAGGACGGACUUCGCCCGCCCCGAAGGAGCAGCACAGGUCACGGAGUCCCCCGGGCUCCCCCAAGAAGGCUAAGACAAUGUCAUCCGGGGUCAAAGCUGGCCUGGUGUCGGCCGAUGUGCUGCAGAGGGAGAAGCAGGAGCUGCGGAAGCACGAGAGGAGCACCAAGCACCUGGAGGAGGAAUCCCGGAACGCUCAGACCGUGUUCCGAGACAAGUCUGGCCGCAAGAGGAACCUGGCCCAGGAGCAGCUGGAGCAGAGGCUGAAGGCUGAGGCAGAGGCCAAGAGGGAAGAGCAGUAUGCCAAGUGGGGAAAAGGGCUGGCACAGGAGAGGCAGCAGCAGCAGAACGUGGAGGAUGCAGUGAAGGAGAUGCAGAAGCCCUUGGCCCGCUACAUCGAUGACCAGGACCUGGAUAGAAUGCUGAGGGAACAGGAGAGGGAAGGAGACCCCAUGGCUGCUCUCAUCAAGAAGAGGAAGGCCAAGGAGAACAAGGAGAAAGAAAAGCCCAGGUACAAGGGACCAGCACCUCCACUCAACAGGUUUAACAUCUGGCCAGGGCAUCGCUGGGACGGUGUGGACAGGUCCAACGGGUUUGAGCAGCAGCGCUUUGCCCGCAUUGCCAACAAGAAGGCGGUGCAGGAGCUGGCCUACAAGUGGAGUGUGGAGGACAUGUAGUGGAGAGUCCUGCAGUGACCCAUGGACACCACCCACUGCCAGAGCCCUGGGAAUGGCUGCUGUCCCUGGAACAAGCCCUGUCCUUGGCAUUCGGCAACCCACUGGGGCAUCUUCCAGCAGGCAAGGAUGGAUUUCCCUGCCAGCCAGAGCCUCCAGCUCUCUGGGGAGGACACUGACUUCUUGUUUGUUUUCUGACAAACUUCUGUUCUAUGCCAAAUGCUUUGACCUCUGAGAGCAUUUCCCAAGUGUUCAGGUGUCCUAAAUCUCAGGUGAAAAUCUGCUGAACGCUUGGGCUUGGGAGAGUUGCCCUCCUGCAGUGGGUCAGUCUGCUCCAGAACUCAGGUUAAGUUGAACUUCUGAACUUCUGUUAAGUUUAUGCAGUUGUUUUGCCAUGUACAUGCCAGAGUGACCAAUGUGCAGGAAAGUUCAAACUCAGCUUCUCCUGACCGUGUCCAAACAGAAAACUGAGCAGGGGAUGCUCAGGCACUGGAAGAGCGACCUGCAGUGCUGCACUGGGCAGCAAGAUCUUCAGAAGCCUCAGCAAUUCUUCAGGGCUCCAUUUCUAGUGGAAGGAAAUGUGUGGAGAAUUACGACUUCAGACCUGGAAUUGCUUCCCUCAUAGUUUGGAGCAGCUGCUCCCCCCAGACCCUUCUGGAUUUGGGGCUGAUCUCAGCACUUCCCCCAUGCCUGGGGCUCGCUCUGGUGGGAGGUGUAACAACCCUUCCUUCUGUGACCAGGUUUGUCAGUCUCAGAGCUGGAGGCUGGGCAGAGCUUCCCUUAAUCCCUAUGUGCCAGAAAGCACUUGUGGAAAUAAAUACAGUUGUUCUUGUUGAGGUCCCAGGCAGCAGGGAUGAAAUGCAGGCAGCAGUUUCCAUGGAGAUGCCUCGGCUGCAGCAGUGGGCAGGGCAGGAUCGCUCUUUGCAGGGAUUCUCCAGCGUUGGGAGGGCCGUGGGUGGGAGGGAUAGCAGCAAAGUCUGCUCUGGAGUGCCAGACUCUUGGGACUUCCCUGUUUUCCAUCCCUGUGUAACAUUUCCAGCAGCCCUGGAAUGGUGUGUUCCCCUGUAAAUAACACCUCUCUUUUUGUACUCCA